GGGUGUUUUUCUCCACAGUUGGGAGUUUGACAGUCCUGAUGUUUACAUGGCGCUAAGCAGCAGCGAGGAGGGCCUUUCGGUUUCACUCAGAACUUUCUAGACCUUCUUCUUCACCCACGAGAACGGCGGACUCAUGGCCAGCGACAGGAGUUUUACUGACAGUUUCAUAGACGAGGACCCGAAGCGAGCUCUGCAGGAGCUGAAUGUGGCUUUGGGAGAUACAGCUGACAAUGCAGAAUGGCUCUGUCAGCGAUCUUAUGCACACAUUCUGGUCCAGGACUAUAACAGAGCAGUCGAUGAUGCUAAGAAAGCACAGCAGCUUCAGCCUGGUAUGGCCACUGCCUUCCUGAGAAAAGGAAUCGCAGAAUAUCAUCUCAACAACAUCAGUGAGGCUCAGCAGACCUUUACAGCAGGAAAGGCACUUGAUGAUUCCAAUGAGGCUUUUGUAACGUGGAUGAAGCUCUGCGAAGAGAAAAUGACACAAAGACAAAAUGGAACCGCAACUUCGCAGCGAACUGCAGCAGCUCCACAUGUCAAACAUGACUGGUACCAGACAGAAUCGCAAGUCACUGUCACCAUCAUGGUGAAGAAUGCCAAGAAGGAGGAUGUUGCUGUCACCUUUGGAGAAAAAGAGUUGAGAGCGGAAAUGAAGCUUCCAUCUGGAGAGGAUUACUGCCUACAUAUCCACCUUCUACACCCUGUGGUUCCUGAGCAGAGCACUUUAAAGAUCCUCUCCACUAAGGUCGAGAUUAAGAUGAAGAAGACGGAAGCAAUCCGGUGGGAGAAGCUGGAGGGGGAAGGCACCCUACCCAGCGUCAAGCACUUCGCUCCCUCCCCGAACCAGUACCCAUCAUCCUCCCACUAUACCCGCAACUGGGACAAGUUGGUGGGCGAUAUUAAGGAGGAAGAGAAGAGCGAGAAGCAGGAGGGAGAUGCCGCACUGAACUCGCUGUUCCAGCAGAUCUACUCAGAUGGCUCUGAUGAGGUCAAGCGGGCCAUGAACAAGUCUUUCAUGGAAUCUGGAGGCACAGUUCUCAGCACCAACUGGUUAGAUGUUGGCAAACGGAAAGUAGACGUGAAUCCUCCAGAUGACAUGGAGUGGAAGCAAUAUUAAUUGGACGGUGAAUUCGACGUUGAGUGCUGCGCCAGUCUUCACCACAUUGGCCCUGACCUUUCCUCCAUUCUUUCUUGUUUUCUUUCUUUUUUUUAUAUUUGGCCAGUCUCUUGGACCCACAUGUAAUGUUGGAAUAACAACUCAGUUUAAGUAGGUUUCAGUUUCCAUUGGCAAUUGUUUGUUGUUCAUAAUUAGGUUUUCCGUGUCAAAGAGUCCAUUUUAAAUGGAAAGUUCCCACAAGCCACUGGACCUAGACUUCUCUUCAUCUGUGUCUGGGAACCUGCCCAUUAAUGUUUUAGAAACACCACACAUGCUCUUUUUCUCGUAUUGUUUUGGCAUGUUUCAACACUUAAAGUGUGGGUGCUGGCUGAAUAAAUUGUCAACAUUUUGAACAUCUCUCUCCUACACAAAAAAUAAUAAUCUUGGGUCAUUAUUCAAAAUUUUGUUCAGUGAUCAAGAGCCACAACAUUACACGUUUUCACUUUUCAAGCACUUGUGCCUCAAGAUAUAUUUAGCCAUUUUUAUGAUGUACUUAAAGGGGUCAUGCUUUACUGAAUACAAUUACAGACACAUUGUAAAUAAAUUUUUCUUGCUCAAA